UCUGUAUCGCUCCCACCUCAUCUCAGACAUUGAAGCUGUUUAUAUCUCCCAGCCGGACAAGAGCACGCAGGCAGGAGCUGCUACAUCAUCCAGCCCUGACAGGAGAUGGAUGGGUGCUUUUCCAUCAUGCUCAACUCUCUGUUUGUCUUUGGAGUGCUGGGAGUGUUGCUGAUCCCAGCAAAGUGCGAUCGGAUAUUGGUGUGCCUUGAAGAUGACAACGACCUGAGAGUGGACUGUCUGAUCGAGCCCAAGCUCAACAAGAUCAACAGCUAUGAGUUCUCUUGGUCCAAUGGGACCAGAGAGUCCGUCAUUAACACUAAUGUGUCUGGUUCAGUAGCAGAAGGCCAGUUCAAAGACAAAAGCUCUGUGACGGAGCUGAAGCCUCACGGCUACAGGAUGACCCUGGAUGACUUCACAGACAAACUCCCACACAACACCACCUACAUGUGCAAAAUAUCUAAGGACCUUGCCAGCGUCAAUGUGGAGAAAGAACAUCUGGUCCCGUGUUCAGCCGUGAGCAUGUUCCUGAAGAGCUCCUGCUCCUGGAUCGUUUGUCUGCUGCUCUUCUUCUAUCAAACACGCAGCUAAAAAAAAAACAUGCAAGCUUUGUGCUGGCACACCCACAUGUAAUCACGCCUGUAUGCAUCUGUCCACAUCAAUAACCACAAUCCACAUGCUGAUAAGAUGUUGUCAAUAGCUUGCAACUAUGUCUCUCUUUCUCUUGUUUCCCACCCAAGAGCACGGAAAUAGCAUUAAAAUGUUUCCAUAACCCUCUUUGACCAGAAAGAAUGAAGAUGACUCAACAGAAACGUUAAGAGCUUUUUGCUGGAGAGGCACAGACAGCCGUAUGUGUACACUGAGUAGCUUGUCAUGUAAAUAUUACUUUGGAAGCGGCAGCAUUUGUUUUCAAUAAAGGGACACUAUUUAAAGUGA